GAAUAUACGAAUUUCACAAUAAUUAAAUGUACAUGUAUAUAUGAGAAGCAUAUCUAUAAGAAUGCGUUCAGUCUGAGGCAGCAACGUGCUCCGUGCGGUCGUUAUAGAGCUCGCUCCACGCUCCUCGCUCUUCAGUUUCAUCAGCAUGCGUAUUCUUGCAUUGUGUGUGGCGCUGCUCUUCAGCCUGAGCUGCUGUAAUGGCUACAAGUUCCUGAUGGUCCUCAACUCACCGGGACGAUCGCACUUCAAUGUGGGUCACGCCUUGGCCAAGGGUCUGGUGCAGGCGGGUCAUCAAAUCACAGUGGUUUCUGUGUUUCCCCUAAAAGAACCCAUGCCCGGAUAUGAGGACAUAAUCGUGCCAAAUAUAAUACAAGUUAUGAAGGGUGAUCUGGCCGCCCUUUGGCAGUCCAUACAGAAACCGGUCACCCGAAAGCUCAUAGAUCACUAUGACAUGGGCUUUCGGCUGACUCGCGGCCUCUUUGUGGAUGCCAACUUUCAGGCACUGCUGCACAGCAAUCGAACUUUCGAUGCCAUCAUCUGUGAGACCUUCUACAAUGAUGCACACUACGGCUUGGCGGAGCAUUUCCAGGCCCCGCUCAUUGGCCUGAGCACGGGCGGCGGACUGACCUUCAUUACGGAUAUGGUGGGCUCGCCAGCGCCCGCUUCGUUUGUGCCGCACAUAAUGUUGCCCUUCAACGAUCACAUGUCGCUGCCUGAGCGACUCGUCAAUGUGGCUUUUCUGGCCUAUGAACGUCUCCUGCUGGACUACUACUAUCUGCCCGGACAGGAGGCGCUCUAUCGGGAGUUUUUCCCGCACAACAAGCGCUGCUUUUAUGCGAUGCGUCGCAAUGCCUCGCUGGUGCUCAUCAAUCAGCAUGUGUCGCUCAGUUUUCCGCGUCCCAAUGCGCCCAACCUGAUCGAGGUGGGUGGCAUGCACAUCGACGGCAAGCUAAGACCGCUGCCCGCACAGAUUGAGAAGUUCCUCAACGAAAGCGAACAUGGAGCCAUUUAUUUCUCAAUGGGUUCGAAUCUCAAGAGCAAGGAUUUGCCGCCAGCGAAAGUCCAAGAGAUACUGAAAGCCUUCAGGGGCCUCAGGCAGCGUGUGCUGUGGAAAUUCGAGCUGCACGAUCUGCCAAAUAAACCCGAUAAUUUAUUCAUCUCGGACUGGUUCCCGCAAACGGAUAUACUGGCGCAUCCCAAGGUGCUGGCCUUUGUCACCCACGGCGGCAUGCUGAGCACCACGGAGUCCAUCUAUCAUGGCAAGCCCGUCAUCGGUCUGCCCAUCUUCAGCGAUCAGUUCUUCAAUAUGGCCCAUGCCGAACAGACGGGCUAUGGCAUUAUGCUGGACUUUAAGUCACUGAAUGCCGGCGACUUUCGGGCAGCCAUCGAGCGGAUCACCGGUGUGCCCGCCUACACGGCGGUUGUGCGCGGCAUGUCCCACCGCUAUCGCGAUCAGCAGCAGACGCCACUGCAGAAUGCCGUCUAUUGGGUGGAGCAUGUGACGCGGCAUCAGGGUGCCGCCUAUUUGCAGAGUGCUGCUCAACGGUUGAACUGGUGGCAAUAUCACAAUGUGGAUGUCCUGUUGAUCAUCUUUGCGUUGCUGUGGCUACUGCUGUUGGUUCUGCCAUUUGCUGUUUGGCGACUGCUCAGGGCAGUCUUUGCUGCUGGCGGCCAAAGACAACAGCAGGGGCAAAAGAGAAAACGUAACUGAAUUUUUGUACAAUUUUUGAGUUUAAAUA